CUGGGCAGCCUCACAAACUUCCGGUCAGGAAGAUGGCGGCUUCCUAGAAUCCUGAUUUACUGGCCGCGGUGCCCAGGCUCCAGAGUGGAACCUGCGGAGGAGUGAAUGCGCGCGAGCUUUGUGUCACCGUGGUCUAACUUCGAUCCGGCUUGCUGCAGCUCCAGGAACCUGACCCGCGCCGCAUCAGGGGAAAAGGAGCUUUGGGAAGCUGCAACUGUAUCUUUUCGGCUCCGCAAACCAAAUCUCCCAGACUCUCAAGGCAGGAGCCUGGCUUCCACACUCCCCCCUCCACCCAGCCACUCGGGAACCAUGGAGGUGGCUGAGGCCAACAGCCCCACUGAGGAGGAAGAAGAGGAGGAGGAAGAAGGAGAGGAGACAGUAUCUGAGCCCAGGCCUCACACUCGCUCCAAUCCUGAGGGGGCUGAGGACCGUGCCCUGGGGGCUCAAGCCAGUGUGGGCAGCCGCAGCGAGGGUGAGGGCGAGGCAGCCACUGCGGAUGGGGCAGCCAGUGGCCCGGGAGCUGGGACGAAGCCCUGGCAAGUACCAGCAUCGGCAUCUGAGGUCCAGAUUCGAACACCAAGGGUCAACUGUCCAGAGAAGGUGAUCAUCUGUCUGGAUCUUUCGGAGGAGAUGUCUGUGCCAAAGCUGGAGUCCUUUCAUGGUUCUAGGACGAACGCCCUGAAUGUGUCUCAGAAGAUGGUUGAGAUGUUUGUGCGCACAAAGCACAAGAUUGACAAGAGCCACGAGUUCGCACUGGUUGUGGUGAAUGACGACUCCGCCUGGCUGUCUGGCCUGACCUCUGACCCACGAGAGCUCUGCAGCUGCCUGUAUGACCUGGAGACGGCGUGCUGUUCCACAUUCAAUCUGGAAGGCCUCUUCAGCCUCAUCCAGCAGAAGACGGAGCUGCCAGCCACGGAGAACGUGCAGACCAUCCCGCCCCCCUACGUCGUGCGCACCAUCCUGGUCUACAGCCGCCUGCCUUGCCAGCCCCAGUUCUCUCUGACGGAGCCCAUGAAGAAGAUGUUCCAGUGCCCCUACUUCUUCUUCGACAUCGUUUACAUCCACAAUGGCGCCGAGGACAAGGAAGAUGAUGUGAGCUGGAAGGACAUGUUCGCCUUCAUGGGCAGCCUGGACACCAAGGGCACCAGCUACAAGUAUGAGGUGGCACUUGCCGGGCCUGCCGUGGAGCUGCACAAUUGCAUGGCCAAGCUGCUGGCCCACCCACUGCAAAGGCCCUGCCAGAGCCACACGAGCUACAGCCUGCUGGAGGAGGACGAGGAGGCCGGGGAGGGCGAAGUCACCGUGUGACCUAUCAUCCGUGACCUCUCCACCGCCUCCUGUGAGGCGAGCACAGCCACACCCUCUCCUGGCCCGCACUCAGUCCCGCGCUGUCCACUGUAAAGUCAUUCUUCAUGGGACCAUUUUUGUCACCAAAAUAAAAAUCUGAGGCCCCUGA